GCCUCAGGGUUGUUUCUAUCUGUACAGAAUAUUUUGCAGCAGAGAAAACAGACAGUGUUUUCUUUUUUUGUUUUUUUCCAGCGGGUCAGUUUUGUUAGCAGCUUAUCUGUGGGUGUUGUCGGUUAUGUAAAGCUCUCUGCUCCGGCCUGGCUGUCCAGACUAACUGAAUCACACUGACUCACAGACGAUCCACAGACGUCACGUGCUCAGAUACGAUCACACGGCUCACUGGUCUCUCCUGUUACUGAUGGAUGCGUUUUAAUUGCUGACACAAGUCACAGCCACAGCUAUCGCACCGGGACGGGUGGUGGAGGUGGAGACCAGGGGCUUCAAUCACCAUCUGUUGCCAUCCUGUCAUCCCAAUCUCAUUCAUCUUUGUCCCUGCUCAGCCAGGCCUACGUAAACUGGGACACAGUCGAUACCUCUGAAUCACUCAGACACAGUUGACGAGCUCCAGCAGUGCUGCAGUGGAUUAGUCAGCUGCAUUUACUUAAAGGUGCUGCAGAGAGACGCAGAGAGAUAGAAAGAAAGAGAGAGGAAGGAAGAGAGAGAGAGAACACAGGAGCCUUUGGAGUCAGUGAGCAAGUUUCUGAUCUUCAAGAUGCAGCACAUCUACAUGCACAGCCACGAGCACUUUGAAGUCUUCACCACUGUCCUUGCCCCACAAGGGAGAUAUCGAUUCAGAGCAGAAGCUGAAAAGAUGGUGGUAGUGCACAGCUACAGGCCUCACUGGCCUGACGAGCUGGCGUUGGCUGCAGGUGACGUCAUCCUGGUGCUGUCCAAACAUGAGGAGGAGCGGUGGUUUGGGCGGAGGCAGGACGGCCAGCAGGGCUACUUCCCCGCCUCCUGUGUGAUGGAGCUGAGCCAGACUAGUCUUUCCCCUAAACUCCUGCACAGGACUGUGAGAAGCUCAGUGUGGGACAACGACUCAGGUGUACACACUCGAUACAGAAAUGGACACAUUCUGCAGGGGCUCAGCAGGGGGAGCAGAGGAGGACCUGCAGGAGAAGGAGGAAGAGGUGGAUUACCAGUGGCUGGACUCCGUGGUGACAGGGAUCGUUUCCCGGUCCACGGGCUCCACAUCCCUGUGCCUCAGACUGUGGUCUCCCCGCCUCAGACCCACAGAUCCCCCAGUCUGCUCCACAGGAUUUUGUCCAAGUGCCGCAGAAAGAGUGAAUGCCAGGGAGCCACCAAUGGGGCCUUUGAGGGCGACUAGGAGGCCUCCCGUUUUGUUUUCAGAGGCUAAGCCGAGUUCUGUGUGGAGGGGCUUCUGCAGAGGAUUCUCUGUAAAAUCCUGGGUCUGACAAAGCCUUCAUUGCCUACCAGCUAUUUUUCAGAUUUCUGGAAAAUAAAAGGUUUAAAGGAAACCAAACAGUAAUAGCACUGUUCUCACCUGAAUUAAUAAUGCAGAGGCUAAUAUGACACUUCCAUCCAAUGCACAGUGUCUGCUGUGACAUCAGCGACUGAGCUGCGACCUGAGGUGAAACCUGACAGUUGAAUGUAGAGCAGCACACUUCUCUCUUUUUUCAGCAUGAAAAUAUUAAAUUAAAAUACUUAAAAAAUAAAUACAAAUCACCUGUUGUUUUGAAUGUAGUGAAUGAAAUGUUUUUUUAAAUCUGCAUGUGUCCAUCAUUACAUACUUGAAACAAAGCUACUGGAUACUAGGAGCUACUGCUACUGAAUAUGUUGUCAUAGCAGUCUAUAAUAAACAAAAAAAUAUAUACUUUUUUUGUCUGUAGUUGAUAAAACAAAUUCUAUUUCCUUAUGACUAAGAACAAAUGUUAAUGAUCAUUUAAAACUGGAGUGAGACGAUGCAGUCAGUGACGACCUGAGACUUCUGCACAGUGCACUGUAAUAAGACUAUAAAUGUCUUUUUCUACAGUGGAAACAUGACCUCACACAUACUGAGCUCACUG